UGGGUCUUGUAGUCUCUACCAGUCAACUCCAAGUCCCAGAUACUUGACGACCACGCAAUAAAGAACUAAAGCAAGAAUAGUGUACAUUGUUAAGAACUAAAGCAAGAAUAUUGUACAUUGUUAAAUCACUGCCCAAAAUGCAAGCUCCAAGAAAGACCCACCUGGGUGAACCUUGUGAUAUAUGUGGACAUGUAGGUUAUGCAGAAACUCUCGUUACUUGCUCUCACUGCAAAUUAGCCCGCGAACAUAUCUACUGCACGCGAGUUCUGCUCCACAUUGUUCCAGAAAUUUGGUUUUGUGAUGCCUGUCAGUCAAGCAAAGACAUAGUUUCUCCAAUAGUUACUAUGAAGAAACACUUUCCUGAGGCUUUAAACUCAAAAAAAUCCAGGAUAUCCAACUGUGACUUUCUGCGAUCUGUGAGUCCUAGCAGGAUUCCUAAGAAUUCAAGGAAAACAGGUCCUCUUAAAAAGCAGUUGCAUAUUGGAACUUCCAGAGUGAAGUUUAUUCCUCCUGAAGAAGCUGUUAAAAUGUUGUCUGGAGCCCGAUUGAAAGAAUCAUAUUUACCAAGUAACUUGGGCUCUAGUUCUGCCCAUUCAGAUACCAUGGCAACAACAUCCAAGUAUAAAAUUUCAUCUCUGAAAUUUUCUGGGCAGAAUGUGAAUGAGCAUCGGAGUUCUAGACCUGCUGGACACUCUAAGCCUCCUGUAGAGGGCAUUGUAGACACCAAUUCAGUCACUCAGGAACAAAAGUCAGUAGCCCAAAUGGUCGAAUUGUAUUCACCAAGUGAUUUGGGCUCUAGUUCUGCUCAAUCAGAUAGCAUGGCAACAAUAUCCAAGUUUAAAACUUCAUCUCUGAAAAUUUCUGGGCAGAAUGUGAAUGAGCAUCAGAGUUCUAGACCUACUGGACACUCCAAGCCUCCUAUAUGUGGCAGUGUAGACAUCAAUUCAGUCUCUCAGGAACAAAAGUCUCAAACAUCUGAACAUAAAGAUAAAACAGCUCCUGCAGCAUAUAAGAAUAGACCCAUGUGUGAGCAGUUUUCCCUAGUCUGCAAGGAAGAGCCAUUGUAUGCUCUACCCAUAUGUACAGGAGGUAUCUUCCAUGGCACUGCUAAACCUGAGGAAGCUGAGAGUGAUCUUCUGAAUUUUUUGCCCAAAAUUGAGAAAUUUCUUCCAAAUUAUCCUGCUUUAGAUGCUACCUGGUGUGGAAGCUUUGAGAUCCUUGACAUGGUUUCUCGUAGUGAAUUCUAUGAAGGAUUUCUGGCUUAUCUUCCAGUCACUGUACAUCCUAAAGUGUUCAAGAUUUCAAAAAACAUGCCUGGAGUGCUCCUUUGUACAUUUCUUCCUUGUUGCAAUAUUUGGGUGGAUGUCUUUCAAAAUGUCUGCCCUACUGUAAAUGAUAUUGCACUAUACUUUUUCCCUGGAAAAUUUGAGAGGUCUAAAGAGCAGUAUUUUAACCUGUUGGAGCUUGUAGAGAUGCAAGAUCUGGUACUAAGGAGUUCUGUGAAUGAUGUGGAACUAUUAAUUUUUUCUUCUAAAAGACUUCAUCUGGAUUCUUGUGGAUUGGAAGUGAGAUCUUUUCUAUGGGGCAUCUUCCGCCCGUUGGAAGGCAAUCUAGCAAUUCCCGCCCUUCCUUUCCAUGACGUGAUUUUCCCAGCAUGUGGACAAAGUUCUGAUGUUGAGAUGAAGCUGAUUAAAAUGAAGUUUCCCAAGGUUAAAAUGGAACCAUUUGAUGGCCCUGAUGUUCUCCCUGGCUUUUGUAAGCAUGCUGCUGGUGAUACUGCUCAUAACAUAACGUUGAGUAACUCGUCAAAUUCAGUUGAUGCGUCAAUUAAAGGUCCCUAUCCACCCAGUGCAUGCUCACUAAGGAUGCAUUAGCUGUUUACUUACCAAUCACCUAAGGCCUAAACACUGCCGCAACACAACUUGUAUAGUUAAAAUAUAGGAGACAAUGCCAGGUACUAUGAAAUCUGCCACAAGGAUACUACACUAGCAGGAAAGAGACAAUCUGACUUUUCUGUGAUAAUUUUUGCGCUUAUAUGAAGAGAUGUAAGUACAAGUUUGACAUCAGAAAUUGUUCUUAACUGACAACCCAAUAAGGGGGGUCUUUCCAUUUCUCCUUUCAUAUUUGCAUGUGUUUUGAUUGUUUUUAAGUGCAAAAUAUUCCUAUUAUU